CCGCGUCGCGUCAGGUCCUUCUCGGCGCCUCCCGUUCUCUUGCUGCAUCUGCCCACUCCUCAACACCAGCAAUGUCCGCAUCCGCAAAAGAGACUGCUGCAAAAUAUCGCACCGACCCUGCCGGCUGGCGUCUGAAGGUUGGGGAGGACAGCCACGGCCAGCACAAGUGGGUGUAUCUCCCUCCCGGCCCACAGCGGGAUGCCUGGCCGCAGACGCCCGUGGACAAGUACUCGAUGGGUCUGCCCACAGGGCUUCCGGAGCUUCCAAAGGCACAGAACAAGUACGAAGCGGCGCGGAACGGCCUCACCUUCUACCGCGAGCUGCAGAGCGAGGACGGCCACUUUGCCUCAGAGUAUGGAGGUCCCCUGUUCCUUACUCCUGGCCUUGUCAUCGCAUUGCACUGUUAUGGUGUCGAGAUCCCGCGUGAGCGCAAGGCUGAGCUCAUCCGCUACCUGUUCAACAAGCUGCGCCCCGAGAUGGGAUGGGGCCUGCACACAGCAGCGCCGCCCACUGUGUUUGGCACCGUUAUGAACUACGUGAUGCUGCGCAUGCUCGGCGUUGGGCCAGAUGAAGGGCCGAUGACAGCCAUCCGCGCCAAGAUUCACGAGCUUGGCGGCGCGACGGGCAUUCCCACUUGGGGCAAGGUGUGGCUGUCAAUUCUUGGAUGCUACGACUGGGAAGGCGUUAACCCCACGCCUCCGGAGCUGUGGUGUCUUCCGGACUGGGCACCGUUUGCCCCAUGGCGCUGGUGGAUCCAUGUUCGGCUAGUCUUUACUCCCAUGGCGUACCUCUGGGGUAAGCGCUACGUUGGGCCGUACACUCCGCUCGUCAAUGCAUUGCGGCAGGAGAUCUACACGCAGCCGUAUGCGUCCAUCAACUGGCCCGCUCAGCGCGAGAACAUCCACCCCGGGGACCUGUACAACCCGCACCACCUCGUCUUCAAGUCGCUCAACCGCAUCCUCGCCGUGUACGAGAAGCUGCCGUACAUGACGUGCGUCCCGUCGCUCCGUCGCGCCGGUCUCAAGGCGGCCUAUCGCCAGAUCGUCUAUGAAGACGAGAACACCGGGUAUCAGACUGUCGGGCCUGUGUCAAAGGCAUUUAACAUGAUUUGCCGUCUUGAGAACGAAGGGCGUGACUCGGAGGCCUGCCGCCUCCACCUCGCUAAGGUCGACGACUUCCUUUGGAUGAGCAAGGACGGGUUGUUCAUGACUGGCACAAACGGCUCGCAGUUGUGGGACAUCUCAUUCAUGGCGCAAGCGGCGGUGGAGACGGGUCUCGCAAAUGAGGAUGAAAACAAGAAGACAUGCAUCGGCAUGCUCGACUGGCUCGACAAGUGUCAGAUCCGCCAGAACCCGCGCUGGUACAAAGAGGGGUACCGGCAGUCGUCUAAGGGCGCGUGGCCGUUCUCGACGCCCGAGCAGAGCUACACCGUUUCUGACUGCACCGGCGAGGGCCUUAAGGCGACGAUUGCUCUUCAGUCACUCAGCUAUACGCCCAAACCCGUCACAGUGGAACGCAUGCGUGAUGCCGUGGAUGUCCUGCUGUCCAUGCAGAACGCAUCCGGAGGCUAUGCGAGCUACGAACUCCAGCGUGGAAGCGAGAGAAUGGAGAUGCUGAACGCGGCCGAGGUCUUUGGCAAGAUCAUGGUUGACUAUCUGUACCCCGAGUGCUCGACGUCUGUGCUUUCGGCGCUUGAGCACUUCCGGAAAAUUGACCCCAAGUACCGCGCCGUGGAGAUCUCGUGCUGCCUCGAGCGCGUGAUUGAGUGGAUUCACCGUGACCAGCGGCCCGACGGCUCAUGGUACGGCUCGUGGGGCAUCUGCUUCACGUACGCGACAAUGUUUGCGCUCGAGUCGCUGGCAAUUGCGGGCGAGACGCACGCCAACUCCGAGCGUGUGCGCCGCGCCUGUGCUUUCCUUCUCGGCAAGCAGAUGACAGACGGCGGUUGGGGCGAGACGUAUAUGAGCUGCGUGACUGGCGUGUACAGCCAGCACGAGCAGAGCCAGGUGGUCAUGACCUCCUGGGCACUGCUGGCCCUCAUCUAUGGCCAGAGCCCAGACCACGACGCCAUCCGCCGAGGGUGCGCGCUCAUCAUGAGCCGACAGCUGCCGGAUGGCGCAUGGGCGCAGGAGGACACGGAGGGAAUCUUCAACAAGAACUGUGCGAUCGACUACCCCGCAUUCAAGCAUAUCUUCUGUAUCUGGGCGCUAGGUCGCGCCGCAAAGUAUCUCGGCGAGGUGUGAUUAGAUGGGUAAUGAAUGAUUGUUGUUAUGGAAA